AUCGCACAUCGCACCACCAGGUAACAUCAUGUUUUGUCUGACUUUCUUGCUAAUAAUUGGCACAGCCACUGCUUUGAAACUCCCACAUAGAGGACAACUUGACUUGAGGACUUUGACAUACGCAAUCUCUACAACGAGUACGUUCAGGCACACGGGAAAGGAAGAAAUCCCGAAGAGUACCCGAAGCGGCUAGAGAUUUUUAAGAAAAGCUUAGAACACAUCAGAGAAUGAGAGAACGCAACGCUAAAUAUCCACAAGUCGAGUAUGGACUCGACCGUUUCUCGGAUCUGACGGCCGAGGAGAAGCAGCGUUACUUCGGCUCGUUACCCUUUGACGAGACACUGGAAGGCCUGAUGACCACACUGGAGUACCCUCCCGAAGCCAUCACGGCUCCUGACGAGUGGGACUGGCGGUUACACAACGCAGUCACUGAAGUAAAGGAUCAAGGAAAAUGUGGUAGUUGUUGGAGAAAUAUUGAAGGGCAAUAUGCAAUUAAAUACAAGGAGUUGUUAUCUUUAUCGGAGCAACAGAGUGUGGACUGCGUCAAGCCGCUCAGUUGCCAUAACAACUGCGCCGGAGGGUGGCCUCACCGCAGCAUGAUGUAA